AAUAAAUCUACCCCGUUUCCGACCUCAAAUCAACACUAUCCACGGCACAUUCUAGAAAAAGUCGUUCCUUAAUCUCUCUCUCCACCCCCUCCCUUCAUAAUGGUUAUGUUCCUUCGAAACAGCUCUCAAGUGUUGGGAUGAAUAUGGGCGGUAAAAAUAAAUGAAUAUGUAACAUCACCGCAAUAUAUAAUAAAAAGAGUUUUGCCUAAAAGCUCAUUUGAAAGCUCUACCAUCUUUGAGGAAAUCAAUCCCGUCCCUCAAAAGACAAAACACCACCAGAAUCCCCAAAUUCACCACCACCUAACGAUGAAGUGCCCCUACUGCUCCGCCACACAAGGCCGCUGCGCCACAACAACCACAAACCGCUGCAUAACCGACUGCACGUCUUGCGGCCGUGUUGUAGAAGAACGCCAAUUUCACCCUCACCACCUCUUCCACCUCCGUGCACAAGACACCCCUCUUUGCCUCGUAACCUCCGAUCUCCCGACCCUUCACCACCACCACCAAAACGAAGAAGACCCAUUUGAGCCCACCGGGUUUAUAACCUCCUUCUCCACUUGGUCUCUCGAACCCAACCCAGUCUCCGUCCGUUCUUCUCUCUCUUUCUCCGGUCACCUUGCAGAACUUGAACGGACAAUUGAACUAAGUGCUUCUACACCGGCUUCAAGUUCUAAUGUCGUGGUGGAUAAUCUGAGAGCGUAUAUGCAGAUUAUUGAUGUGGCUUCGAUUUUGGGCUUGGAUUGUGAUAUAUCAGAUCAUGCGUUCCAGUUGUUUAGAGAUUGUUGUUCAGCUACUUGUUUGAGGAAUCGGAGUGUCGAAGCUCUUGCUACAGCUGCUCUUGUUCAGGCUAUUAGAGAAGCCCAAGAACCCAGAACCCUCCAGGAGAUCUCGAUUGCUGCCAAUGUACCUCAAAAGGAGAUUGGGAAGUACAUCAAGAUACUGGGAGAAGCUUUGCAACUAAGUCAACCAAUUAACAGCAAUUCAAUUUCAGUGCAUAUGCCUAGAUUCUGCACUCUCCUCCAACUGAACAAAUCUGCUCAGGAACUGGCAACUCACAUCGGAGAAGUUGUUAUCAACAAAUGCUUUUGCACCCGGCGGAAUCCCAUUAGCAUCUCUGCAGCUGCUAUAUAUCUGGCAUGCCAACUAGAAGAUAAAAGAAAGACACAGGCAGAGAUUUGUAAGGUGACAGGUCUCACAGAAGUCACCCUCCGUAAAGUCUACAAGGAGCUUUUGGAGAAUUGGGGUGAUCUGCUUCCAAAAAAUUAUACUCCUGCUGUCCCUCCCGAGAAGGCAUUUCCCACAACUACAAUUGCCUCAGGCCGAUCCUCUGCACCUAAAAUUGAUCCAGUUGAAUUAAUAUCUUCAUCUUCAGAAAAAGAUAAACAACUAGAGAGUAAAUCAAAUAAGCCAAGUGAAUUGGCCAGAGGCAAAGAGGACGCUGAAAAUAAUGUUAAUUCCCGUGGGGUCCGACCUCCUCAAUGGCAGAAUUUCAGGCAGCCCUGGCUACAGUGUGUAACUUCUGGAGUUCGGAUGGUGGGAGAUACAAAUCAGAACUUAGCUCGAGUGGAUAUCAAUGAGUCGCAGCCUAGUCGUCAAGAAUUCGAAGAGAAGGCAGACAAGCAGAAAAUGGAUAAAGAUUCAACAGCUUCAGCAUGGCCAAACCAAUUAUCUAGUUCCCCAGCUUCAGGUGCGAGCACAAUCUCCUGGCCAUUUCGGUCAGCACCUUCUCCAAUAGUACAGCCACCACCCAAGCUAACACCAGGUUAUGCUGAGCUUAAAGGUAUUGGCAGUCAAAAUGGAGGUAAAACUGGCAAUAAUAGUGGAGAUAACAAGUAACACCACGAAUUGGAUCCUCCCCUUUCAGGGCUCGAUCAUUCUCAACUCCAACAAGCAUCAAGCAACUUGCAAAUAGAAAUUCUUGCAUGGACCACCAAGGAAGUCAACAGUAGCAUUUUGAUGGACUUGCACUGCUUGAGGCACUUGAAUGGAUGGUGGUGACAUUUGGGUAAGAAUUUCAAGGGACCUGUUUGUCCCUCUAGUUUCUAUGUUUUAGCCACUACUAGUAGCCCCAACAAAAGCACAGCUUAGUGGCCUACCCUUUCGAAGCCUGUGAACCUUCUCAUUUAUGGAAUGUUAUGGAUUUUUAAAGGAACUUAGAAGGAGGAGGACAACUUAUGCUGCUUUUAAAGGCAACAUGUGAAGUGAUUCAUGACUUGAAAAGGGCACCUUUUAUUUUUUCUUCACAGGUAGAUGAUCAUGAAACAUUUUGCCGACAGUAUUUUUCCACAGGUUGGAUGAUGAUAUCUUGACCCAAUAUUAGUGCUUCUUGCAUUCCUUAAGGCUUAAGAUGCGAAAAACUAGUUGAUAUUGGACAGCUUAGUGAAGAUUUACGGAGAAGACUGGAAAUGCUUCAUCGUGAAACUUCAUUAAUUCCCGUUCCCGUAGCAUGAAGUUAGGAAACGUAGUUUUAAGAGGUCCUCUCAGUGAUAUUUUGUUGGAUUGUCUAUACAUUGUUACGGGGUUGCUUAUGCCAGUAUUUGGUUUGUGUUGAACUUUGCUAUGUAUUCAGUGAAUCUAUUCUUCCCUAGAA